AGAAGAAGAUUGAAGAGGAAACAAAACAGGAAGCGUUCAGUAUUAGAUCACGUGCCAGGUGCACAGUUGAUCUAAAGAGUAACUUCCUUGGUUGAUCUAGCCAUAUGGACGCCAUGGCAUGUUAUUAUAAUACAUCCGUGACUUUAUCCGCAUUUUACGUCUGUAGCGUAGUUUAAGCUAGUUGUUACUUAUAAAUUAUGAAGACACAACAGAAUUCAAAACCACCGGCAGCGUCAAGUGUAUCAUGAAGUUAAGCUAACGAUCUCAACAAGGAAAUGCCAAACAUCUAAAGGUUACACGCCUCUCUUUGUUGUUUUCGUCUUUUACUACGAAACAUGAUGAGGAAGUUCACAGUAACGUCAGAUCUGCUUCCUGCUGUCUUUAAGACUGUGGCCGGUUAUCACGGGGAUGUCGUGCCAUUACCUUACAUAAGCUGCUGAAGUUUCUGAGAGUGAAUGAAUGAAUGAAUGCAUGAGGAGCAGACAUGGAUGAUGUGAUCACUCUCAGCUCCGACAGUGACAAAGACGACUCAGAUGUGGAGAUUGUCGGCUCCUACAAUAAUGUCAUGAUGAGGACUGAACCUCCACCCCUCGCGGCGGUGCGGGUUGACGUUGGCUACGCAGGCAUAAAACUCCCAACGCAUUAUAUUGAACUCACAGACCCAAGAUGGACUCUUCCAGAACUGAAACUGCGCAAAAGACAAAAUCCUGCUGCUUUGGCAGUGGUAGACUUGACUGAGAGCGAUUUAACAAAUGGGACACAACGGGAGACUGAGAAUUUGCCAACAGAUGAUUGUCAAAUAGAAGAAAAAAGUCCAAAUUUAAAUUCACCUUCAAACAAACAAGAUUUUAAUUUACAGAAAUGCUUUUCAGGAGACUCAACUGUUUCUCAACCAGCACACGAUUGUGGUAACCUAGUACCAAAGCACAGGCGUUUGGAUUCUCAAACAGAACACCAAACGGAGGCCAAUGAAACACAUCAACAGGAAAUGUUGCUGUGCACACCAACUGUAAAAUUAGUACGAUUGCCUUUUCUUGAAACUCAUGUCACAGAAUUGAAAACAUCAAUGUGUUCUGUCAGUUUAACCAAAGAUUGUACGCAAAUGUCAUUGAACCUCAGACAACUGGACAAAAACAGUGCAGCACCAGCAUGCAUUAGUAAUUUGGGGACUACCACAUCAAAUGGUCCUAACAUGGAGCCUUCAGUGGAUGAGUCUCCUCCUAAGGUGGUUGAACCUCUUAUAGAACUGGGACAACAAGAGAACAGUAAUGAAUUAACAAGCACACAGCUUAACGAUAAAAUAUCUCCACCUCUACAAAGCUCAGCUGACUCUCCCUGCAUGGAUCAAGGAAGCUCUGUCACAACCUCAAAGGAGCAAAGCACUCAAGAGGAUGACUUUUGCUCAUCUACGCUCAUCCCAUCUCCAACACCCUCUGCCUCAUCUCAAGAUGAAGCACAAGGUUCCUUACAGAGAGAGCUCCAGUGCUCCAAUGUUUCCCCGCCAGCCUUUGAAUCAAGGACUGACCAGCUGGAACUGAGCAGAGCAGAAUCUAGACAAGGCUACUUCUCUGAUCACUCGUCCUCUCACUUUCCUCCCACUGAACUGGACCCCUCUCGGCCUUUUGAUCUUGUAUCUCUGUCCCACACAAGUCCCAUAUCUCAUAACCUCAAGAGCCAAGCUGACCCAAUGCCCACCUCUGAAGAUACACGAGCUGAAAAUACUUCUGAAUGGCAAUUUCAGGAGGGUAACACUGAUGAGGCCUCAAACAGCCUUGACUUUUUGUGCUGUAGCAUCCCUGGUGACCCUCCGCUGUCAGUGACUAAAACUGAGGACGUGGAGGGAGGCUCUGGGACCGGGACAUACAGAGGGGAUCUGGGAAUUGACAGUCCAGUGUCUCUCCUUUGGCAAGAGGGGAGUGAUGGAGAAGUGAAUGAGGAGAGCAGAUAUGACAUGGACUUCAGAGGGGCCAGUCGAGAGGACAGGCAUUUUGUGUGCCCAAUUACACUCAAGAAAAUAAUGGCAGGAGCAGCUCAAACCCUGAUUGACGAGGAAGAGGAAAGAUUUGAAACUCCAGAGGUGCUAUGCCGGCAGAGCCUGAGCCUAGUUUACAUUACAAUUGAUGAGAACUAUCCAGAGAGUACUUUGCAGCUCUUGUCUGACCUACUAGAGCCUGGUUAUUAUCCUCCCAGGGAUAUCACCUCCCACCUGCUGCAUGGCAUUCUGCUGGACCCGCAGUGUCCCCAUCAUGUCUGUCUGCAUGCCUUCAAUCUGCUAAUGAGGACACAGAGACACCACAUGGCUGAUAAAAACACAGUUCCAUGGGACUGGGAGUUGUUGACCUCAGUCAUGGCCAAUCAGGACCGUACAAACAGACUUCGAUGGGAAGUUGUGCGCAUGUUCUUGGAGUACAUCGUGCAAACUUUGGAGGAUGACUUCCAUGCCAAACGUUCUAUCUCUGCUCUUCAUGACUCAAUCGCCAAGGCAACAUUGUCAUGUGAUCAGCAGUUCCCACGAGUCAGAGACGUCAUUAAGUGGCUGUUUUCUGCCAUUAUGAAAUCAACAGAACAUGGAGAGAGUAGAGAAGCAGCCAGAGAGAAAGAUGAACAUAUCAGAAUAGUGUCCGUCCUCCAGAGGAUGCUGUCUCUGGCUCUGGAUGUGGACCGCUCUCCAGCUCUCAGCUCUGUCAAGUUGUCCAAUGAGCUCUUCCAUAUGCUCAUCAGCAAUGCGCCUUUACGAGCACAAAGGAUGCUGUUGCUGGAGAGCCUGCAGAGCAAGCUGCUGAGAUGUAAGCUGUUGGAACAUCUGUUGGACUAUGCAUGCCCGCUGAAAAUCUCUGUGCCCAUGUCGCUCAGUCUGCUGCUUCACUUUCUGAAGAACUGCACUCUGACACCAGACCCGACGGACGGUACUGAAAAGUGGCAGAAGUGGGAAGAGUUGGUCCAUCUUCUCUGGAUGUUGCUACUCAGUUACAACAAAGCAAUGAAAGGCUACCUGUGCAGCUCAGUCACUGAACAGAGAGGCAGCGUUGGCACCUUGGUUUACAAGCCGGAUGAUAUAGUAACAAAGCCAGCCAUUCGUGAAGCUGUGGAGGCCUUCUUGUCGAGAUCCCAGGCUGACAUCGGCCAAGCCUUACCUUUCCACAUGGAGGAGUCUCUCACUUAUCUACAGGACCACCUGCUAGAUGUCUCUCAGUGUUGAAUGGAAAAAAAACUUAAUUAUGCUCAUUUUCCCCGAGGAAAUCAUAAAGAAAUGUGUAUUUAUUUAAUAUUUAUAUAUUUUUUGUUUGUUUUUAAAAAAAAUUUUACUAUGCAAGAGGAAAAAAGAGUUACAAUGUUGUGUGUUUGUGUUAGUGUGUUUCCACUUGUAUGUGUGCCUCUAAAGGAAGAUAUGUUUGCAGGAGUCUGUGUGUGUAUGUGAACGUACAUGAAUGUUUUUUUGUUUGUUUGUUUGUUUUCUCUUGUAGAGUUGAGUUUUGUUUUGUGCCUGUGUUACCUGUCAAAAGAUUUAACCACUUUUUCUGUUUUUCCCAAUUUGGUAACAUUUUUGUAUUUUAAAUAAAAGCCUUGUAUUUA